ACAUGAUGGAGAGUUACCUACAACAGGUGAUCCAGUGUGCCAUCAGUAAGGCCCUCCUCGACAAGGUGACAUUUGUGGAGGAUAUUCAGUUUAUGGCAGACAUUGACAUCACAGUAGACAAGACUGACACAGCCUGUUUUGUCAUAUCAGAAAGAAUGCUUAAGGAGAACAGUCACAUCUAUCAGAGGCAGUUCAGUUUACUGUUUGGAGAGAAAAAUGAAGCAGUUAAUAUUGAAGAAAAGCAACUUCCGACCACAGAGGACCAAUUAUCACUCUCAAAUGGCAUCAUUCCAUCAGACCAAGGAGAGAGUACUCUGAGGCAGAGAACUGCUCCAUCAGACCAAGGGGAGAGUACUCAUAGGGAAAGCACUGUUCCAUCAGACCAAGGGGAGAGUACUCAGAGGCAGGGCACUGUUCCAUCAGACCAAGGGGAGAGUACUCCGAGGGAGGGAAUGGAAAUGGAGAACACUGCUGAUGAAAUUCUAGAAUCAGUCUUAACAGAAUCCCAAAGUAAUGAAGUUGAGAGACAGGACAGACAUGGAGUGAUGGUAACAGACACAGAGACUCAGACAGAAAACUUCACGUCAGUUCAGCUCAAGCGAAAACCUCGAAAAUCAGCCAACCAACAAAAGAAAACCAAGUCAGUAACAGAUUCUCCAAAGGAAUCAACUUCACAGAUGAACCAAGAGCCAGAGGUCAUGGACAUUAAAACCGAGGUUAUCUCUGAUGACGAUCACACUGAGACAGCUGGGUCAGUGACUAUAGUAUCACCACUGCCUCCCAGUGACCUACAAACCAACACCAUAAACAAUGUCACGUGUCCACUGUGUCCGACACAGUUCCGCAGUCAGAAAGCUGUAGAAAAUCACCUCAAAGUGACACAUGACAUUGGCAAUAUUUACAGGUGUCAGGUGUCGACGUGUCAGGAACUGUGUCAAUCUAACACGGCACUUCACCAACACAUGAUGAUGAUACAUGGUGGGCCUGAGGGAGAGGAGGCCCAGUCUGAGAGUCCACCAAAGAAAAAACGUGGCCGCAAACCCAAAAAUCUUAACAAAGAGAUGUCUGUUCCAUUAAAGGAGAAGGAGGUCUCGGUAGCUGGUGAUGAGAUUGCAGAUACCCCAUUGGUCAAACCAAAAGCAAGGCCAAAAACGGCCAAAAAACAAAAGGGGAGGAAGCCAGGGAGGAAAAAGGGAGGAUUGAAACUUACUCUGAAAACCUCCGCUGCUGCUGUAGAUGAUAAAGGCACACAGAAGUGUGCGGAAUGUCCGAAGGAGUAUGCAUCAAAGAGAGCCCUAAACCGGCACAUCAAAACUGCUCAUGAUGUGAUGAAAUAUAAUUGUGACAUUUGUGAUAAAGUUUUCUCCAGUAAGGAAACUAUGUAUCAUCAUCGCCGAGGCAUUCACAGUGACAGCAAACCAUACAAAUGUCAGCAGUGUGAUGCUUCUUUUAGUUUUAAUCAUAGCCUUAGACUGCACAUCCUGAAACACAGUGGAGCUCGACCAUUUGAAUGUAAAGAGUGCAAUAAAACUUAUCUUACAUCAAAUCAUCUUAAAAUGCAUGUGGAGGGGGUGCAUGGUGGGAAGAAAAAUCAUACAUGUAAAAUUUGUGGGAAGUGCUUUUCGUACACAACAAGUCUGAAGGUACAUGAGAUGACUCACGGAGAAUACAGACCCUAUCGGUGUAACACAUGUGGGCAGGGUUUCGUUAACAGUCACUCACUGAAAUACCACAAGGAGUCCAAACACUCACAGAAUACUUGGUUUGAAUGUGACUUGUGUGGCAAGAAAUACAAGACAGAGUUUUUGAUGAAGACACAUCGUAGACGUCAUACUGCAGAUGGGUCACGCUUCAUGUGCGACAUUUGUGGGAGACAGUUUAUGUAUAAAAGUACACUGGAAAUCCACGCAGCUGUCCACAGUGACGCGAAAUCAUUCCAGUGCAGCACCUGUGGGAAAUCCUUUAAAACUUAUGCUACUCUGUACUCGCAUCAGUAUGUACAUAAGUCAGAAAGUCCAUAUAAUUGUCCUGAGUGUGGAAAGUCAUUCAAAACCAAAGAGCGCUGCAAGGCUCAUCAGAAGCGACAUUCAGGACUUAAACCAUUUGAGUGCAAAGAAUGUGGCCGAUGCUUCCCAGACAAGGGGGGCUUGUCAAAGCAUACCAAGACUGUUCACUGUGAGGUUAAAAUGUUUGUCUGUGACAUUUGUGGGAAAUCUUGCUCAAGGGCAGACAACCUCCGUGUUCAUAUGAAGAUCCAUAAUAAACAGGUGGAUGGGAACAUCUCCGGGAGAAAGCUCCAUCAGACAUCUAAACAAGGCAAACCUUUAACAGUGAUGGAAACUCCAGAGGAUCUAGAACAAAAGGACCAGCAGGGCCAGGAAUAUCUCAACAUAUCACCCAACUCAUCCCCACCCCACACCAUGACAAUCCCCAGGAUCUACCCAGACAGGCCUGAUGCCCCGCCCUUUAUUCCUAAUGCCACAGAUCCCCUUCCUAUUCCCUCAGGAGGCCAUGGCAUUCUCCUCACCACACAGGAGUCAGAGCUGGGGAGUAUUGCAAAUUCUUCAAUCCACCCCUCUAAUCCCUUGCUGACUGUUCCAAACACAACUUCGCAGGCUCCACCUGGGUCCUCUUACAUGUACAUGUGGCCCUAUAUCCACACUCAACACCAGCAGGACCAGGCCGGACCCAGUAACCAGUUCUUCUAGCUAAAAUUCAUGAAAAACCAUCAUUAAUGAUUAUUUAGAUCUACAUUUGUGAAAGUGAAUAUGCUUUAACUAAUGAUGAAACAUGAUUAAAGCAUUAAUUAUUUAACAUUGAUCAGCAUUCAAUCAGUACAUUAUCUGCAAUACAUAAUAUACUGGUUUAUGUAAAAGCUUCUUAGAUUUCCUCCUUUUUGAUUUAGAUGUGGUUGGUAAGUUGUUGACUCAAGGUUGUUCAGAGUCUUGCACAGUAAUCAUAAACUUUUAAUUACCAGUAUGUGUUUUUGUAGUGUUCAUCAUUUCUGAGUAAUUGUUCUUUGACAGCAUGAUUUUAAUGUCCACCUUUUGGAAAAUACUGUAGAUUUUACUUAUUAAGAUAAUUACUGAACCGGUUGUGACUUCAUAUUUCAGGAAAUUUAAAUAAACAAAUGACUUAAGGACAUACGCAACAUAGUUUUGAACUUGAAUUUCUUUUUCCCUGUGUAAUUUAAAAAUUCCAACUAUUGAAGGACCUUUUUGUGAUUUUAUGAUGCCUGGCAAUACUGUACACCUCCUGUAAAUAAACUUUAUAGGAAAUACCAGCUAAAA